AUGUGGGCCCUACUGACAUUACUGCUCCUUCCGAUCGUCGAUGGCGCACCUGCAUACGGUAAUGAACGCUUCCCGGAUUAUAAGGAAGACUACCGGGAAUUCACUGUCAAGGACCCCUACCAGCGAAACAACUACCCCGGCAACUACAUGCAGCAGCCAGCGGCCCACAUUUUUCCAAACCAUACACGAUGCGUCCAGGAGUGUGAGGCACCCUGUCUCCCUUCGGCCGUUUACCUCAACGACGUAGCGACCAAGAUGUACUCUUGUACUCGCUUGAAGCCGAAGAAGGAUACCCUGAUUGCGUCCAUUUGGGGCAACAGCUUCUACAAGACGCUUGUCGUACUCGGGGCUAUUGUACUGGUCGUACUCGGCCUUCUCACACUGGCCUUCUGCUGUUCGUACUGUUGUCGAGCCUCGUCAAACAGUUCGAGAGGUUCUUCGAAAGAUGCCCUAAACCCGAGGGAUGACGAUGGAGAGUUUCGGGAAUACAUGCCGGAGGAUACUACGUCCCUGAAACGCGAAUUCCGACGACCGCCACGCUCAACACUGGCCGUC